AUGGAUCCACCAGCAAAUAGAAUGAGAAGAAGAAGAUUUAUGUUGGAGAAACUCCCUUCCGAGUUGACCGAAGAAAUUCUCUGCAAGUGUACGGUAGAAGUCAUGAGAAGCUUGAUUUGUGUAUCGCCCAUAGUCAAAUCCAUCGUCGGAAAUCCAGAGUUCCAGGAGCGCUAUCUUCGCCGCAACCUAGAAGCCGAUGACGAGACACUUCUUUUGGCUUCGGAGGGUUGGGAUUUCACAACCGUGAAUCUUGCAAAAUCAUCGACAUCGUCUUCUUUCCUCCAUUCAACUCCCAAGCCAACUAAUCAGAUGGAGCAGGCGAUGGGCAUGAUCGUCUCUGGUUAUGGAAAGAAAGUGUCAAUAUUCAAGCCUACCAAUGGCUUUUCUCUCGAUUUGCCCAUUUUCCCCAAAACCCACGGUGAAGCCAAGUCGUAUGUAGGUUUCGAUUUCUCAUGCUGCUUCUACAAGAUCUUGGGGAUGUGCAAAGCUGAAGAAGGUGGGGAUUGGAUCAACCACCACGUGCUAACCCUGGAUCCUGCUAGGCCUCUAGAGUGGAGGGCAAUUGAUUGUGAAUUCCCUCAUGCCAUAUAUCCUUGCAGCAUCAGCCAUGAAUCCAAGUCCAUCUGCCUCAAAGACACCAUCUUUUACCCUGCUCAUCUAGUCAAGAAGAAGAAGAUUGGGAUCAUGAGGUUCCAUCUUCCUACAGAGAGAUACAAGGUGAAUGAAGUGCCUUAUGAUUCCACUUUGGGAAUCUAUUAUUGGGGAUCUACUUUGUUGGAGAUAAGAGGUUGUGUUGGAGUUUCCUUUUUGGAACAUGGAGGCGAUCGCAGAAUUAUGAUACUGGAGGAUGCACAAGAGGACAAGUGGUCCACGCUCCUCAUACAAACUCCCCCUUCAAUCUGCGAACUGAUCAAGCCCUGGCCAGCUUUGGCAUUCGAAGGUAUAGCGAGAGGUGGAGAAGUUGUCUACUCACAAAGUGAAGGGAGAGUCUUGUACUUGUACUUGUACAAUCCCAAGACUCUCCAAGUUCACAAGAAGGCAGUGGCAAGAGCUGGAGGUGGAGGUGGUAGCAGAUUUAGUUUCUGGAAUUUCGUGGAGCUUAGCUAA